UAAACUUAGAGCGUCAUGUACAAGUGUGAUAUUUGUCAAAAGAAAAGCAGCAAAAAUGAAAAUGACGAUGAACAGGAUGCGCUAUUGUACGGCGAGUGGAUGAGGAAACAAAAUGUGACAGUGCACUAUUAUUGUCUGUUGCUUUCGACAAAUUUGCCACAACGCGGCGGCAACGCCACUGGAAUUUUGGGUUUUCUGCUGCGCGACAUCCGCAAGGAGGCAGCAGCUGCCCAGCAGCGGAAAUGUGCAUUCUGCAAGGAGACAGGUGCCAGUGUGAUUUGCUACAUGUGUCGCAUUGUUUUUCACAUGGCGUGCGGCUUGGAAAACCGUUGCAUUUCUCACUUCUGCGAUGACUUUCGCAGCUACUGUGAAAAUUGCACGCAACUGGAUGCCUAUAAGCGGCAGCUGCUCGCCGAUCCACCAAAGGGUGCCCAUUGCGCCAUUUGCUUUCGUGUCAUCUACCCAUUUGUGCUCCACAAUGUCGCAUAUGGGGAUUGCUGUCGCAAAGGAUUCGCGCAUCGCAGCUGCAUGCGUCGCUAUGCGCUCGCCUCCGGCUACUAUUUGCGAUGUCUGUGGUGUCGCGAUAAGAAGUUCCGCGACACGAUCCGAUUGCAGUCGGUAUUUGUGCCCGAUCGCGAUGCAACGUGGGAGCGUCAACAGAAUGCGUACCGUGAACUUCACAGGACGCGUUUGCGCUGCGAUAUGGCGGAGUGUCUCUGUCCAAACGGACGGGAUUACUGUCGGGGCACGUGGAGCAUUCAACUUUGCAUAAUGUGUGCGGCGACGGGAACGCAUCCGAAAUGCCGUGUGGGCACAAUGCGUUUAUCCCUGCACUCGGAAGUCACCGAUUAUAAGUGCAGGUCCUGCAUUGAGGUGGAAAAGAAGCUAGACGUAUUGCAUAUUGUGCAGUCACCAACGGCAGAUGAGCAUAUUGAUAGUUCCUUUUAUAAGACCAAACGAUGCUGUGAACUAAGCCUUGCCAUGGACGAUGAUUCGCCAGCGCAAUCCGAUGAUGACUCCACAUACAAUGAGAGCAUCAUAACAGUUGUUGCCUCACAAAAUCAGAUACAGAUACCCAUGCCACAGCUGUCGCCACAACCACAGCCACAAACACCAGCGAAUCAAAUGCCAGCUCAGUCAGAAACAAGCGUAAUUGAGCUCUCCGAUUCGGAGCCGAGCGACUCACAGCAGCUGAGGUGCGCUCUGCAGACGCCUCUGCUGCUGCACGAGUCCUUCACCAGCGGCGAUCACUUCUAUCUGGUUGUCUACGAGUACAAUGAGCAGCUGUCCGAUCCAUGCACGGGCACCUGCACACUGCGCUUCGCUCAGGACGAUAAGCGACUCAAGGAUCGCACGGAGGAGACGCUCCUGCAGCUGCAGUUGACCGAAGUGGACAUUUGGUUUAGGGACACCAAUCGUGGCCAUUACGAUAGAAUCGAUAAAUAUAGCAUCAGGAAAUAACUGUUUAUAUAUACCGGCCUCAAUCUGUGGAACAGGCAUCUUUUGUUUGAUUUUUGGCAAACAUAUUUGCGUUCAUCAAUUGACUCUUGA